AUGAAAUGUUGUAUGCCAUACAAAGUUUUCGCGAAAGGAUAAAUAAAAAAAUAUUUUCGGGAUCCUUGACAUGUUAAAUAUACUGUUAAAAUAACAAUAGGUUUCAUAUUGUUAGUCAGAAGUUUAGCAACAUGGACAAAUAUUCUGUAUUUAUUGUGUUUAUUUUGUUCCUUUUCUUAAUAAGAAAGGAUGUGGGGAGCAAUAAUGUAGACUCUGGAAUAUACGGGAUUCAGCAUAAACGGGGGAUUUGCAUUAUUUAUAAUGGGACGAUUUGUCGGGAUAUUUUGAGCAAUGCCUAUGUUUUUGUAUCCCCUAACCUUACAAUGAACGAUUUGGAGGAGCGGUUAAAAGCGGCAUAUGGAGUAAUUAAGGAAUCUAAAGAUAUGAAUGAGAACUGUCGCAUGUACGCCUUGCCCAGUUUGUGUUUUAGCUCAAUGCCAAUUUGCAGAACUCCUGAGCGUACGAAUUUAUUGUAUUUCGCUGAGCAGUUCAAAAAUUCAAAUGUCACGAUUCGCCGAAAGAGAACCAAAACUAAAGACAUUAAAAACAUAAACAUUUUUAAAAAGAAAUCGACUAUACAUGAAGAUGUGUUCAGCACUGAUAUUUCGAGUAAAUACCCACCCACUAGGGAGUCUGAAAAUCUAAAACGCAUAUGUCGGGAGGAGUGCGAACUUCUAGAAAACGAGCUCUGUCAAAAGGAAUAUGCCAUUGCCAAACGACAUCCAGUCAUCGGCAUGGUUGGGGUUGAGGAUUGCCAAAAGUUGCCCCAACAUAAGGAUUGCUUGUCCUUGGGCAUAACCAUUGAGGUGGAUAAGACAGAAAACUGUUACUGGGAGGAUGGCUCGACCUAUAGAGGUGUUACGAACGUGUCCGCAUCCGGAAAGCCCUGUUUAAGAUGGUCUUGGUUAAUGAAGGAAAUCUCCGACUUUCCAGAGCUCAUAGGUCAGAAUUACUGCAGAAAUCCAGGAAGUGUGGAAGAUAGUCCUUGGUGUUUUGUCGAUUCUUCUCGUGAGCGCAUUAUUGAACUUUGCUAUAUUCCAAAGUGUGCAGACAAAAUUUGGAUUGCCAUUGUAGGAACGGCGGCAGCCAUAAUUAUAAUUUUUGUAAUAACAUUCGCUAUAAUACUCUUUAAAAGAAGAACCAUUAUGCACUAUGGAAUGAGAAAUAUUCAUAAUAUAAACACACCCAGCGCGGAUAAAAAUAUUUACGGAAAUUCACAGCUUAAUAACACCCAAGAUGUGGGAAGACCCAACUUGGGAAAUUUAUCCGAUCAUGUUGCUCUGAACUCUAAGCUUAUAGAAAGAAAUACCCUACUAAGAAUAUCCCACUUUACUCUUCAGGAUGUUGAGUUUUUGGAGGAACUGGGUGAAGGAGCUUUUGGAAAAGUUUACAAGGGACAGCUUUUGCAGCCAAACAAAUCGACCAUAACUGUUGCAAUUAAGGCUUUGAAAGAAAAUGCCUCAGUUAAGACCCAGCAAGAUUUUAAGCGCGAAAUCGAACUAAUAUCGGACCUUAAGCAUCAAAAUAUAGUUUGUAUAUUAGGAGUAGUACUAAACAAAGAGCCCUAUUGCAUGCUGUUUGAGUACAUGGCUAAUGGAGACUUACACGAAUUUCUAAUCUCAAACUCACCCACCGAAGGCAAAUCCUUAACGCAACUCGAAUUCUUGCAAAUAGCUCUGCAAAUUAGCGAGGGCAUGCAGUAUCUAUCAGCCCAUCAUUACGUUCAUCGAGACUUGGCAGCUCGAAACUGUCUGGUUAACGAGGGUUUGGUUGUAAAGAUAUCAGAUUUUGGACUAUCCAGAGACAUUUACAGUUCAGAUUAUUAUCGAGUUCAGUCAAAGUCGCUACUACCUGUAAGAUGGAUGCCGUCAGAAUCGAUACUGUAUGGAAAGUUUACCACGGAGAGCGAUGUAUGGUCAUUUGGAGUUGUUCUCUGGGAAAUUUACAGCUAUGGAAUGCAGCCAUACUACGGUUAUAGUAAUCAGGAAGUAAUAAAUCUUAUCCGUUCAAGGCAAUUGCUAUCCGCUCCUGAAAACUGUCCCACGGCAGUUUACUCCUUAAUGAUCGAGUGUUGGCAUGAGCAAUCAGUAAAACGUCCUACAUUUACAGAUAUUUCAAACCGUCUUAAAACUUGGCACGAGGGCCAUUUUAAAGCAAGUAAUCCAGAAAUGUAACUGUAUGCACAUAUGCAUUUUCAACGAAUGGACUGUAACAUAAGUAGAUUUAAGAAUUUAAUAAAAUAAAAUAUAUCAUAAAUCAAAAGGAUUAUUU